AUGACAACUGUAGUCAGUGUGAAGUUGAGAUUGUUAUACAAAGUGAAGAGUUUAGCGAUGGAGCAAUUACAUGGUGGGUUUGCUGAAAUGAUAAAGUCCACAAAUCCUGAGUCUUAUGCUCUGGUUACAUGGACUAACAGUUUGCAAUUUAAGGCCUGUUUCAUAUCUUUUGCAGCUCAAGUGAGAGGAUUCUUAGGUGGUUGUAGACCUAUCAUAGGAAUAGAUGGUGCACAUUUAAGUGGGUAUUACAAAGGGGUUAUGCUCACUGCAGUUGCAAUAGAUGGGAAUAAUGAGAUCUUUGUGUUAGCCUAUGGGAUUGUUGACACAGAGAACAUAGAAUCCCGGACUUAUUUUUUCAGAAACUUGAGGUGCUUGUUUGCUCAGUAUGAAUCUCAGAAAGAUGACUGGACUUUUAUUAGUGACCGGAUGAGGGUUACAGGAUGGAGUGGGGCAGCAUUUCAUAAGAUGUUUUGGAUUGCGGCAAAUGUCUACAAUGAGUACGUUUUUGAAAAAGCUAUGUCCAAGAUAAAAGAGUUUGAUGCAGCAGCAUAUGACUAUCUCAAAAAUGUAGAAGAGCAGUGGAGUGUGCACAUGCUUGACAGGACAGUUUUUUGUGAUCAUAACACAACAAACUUCGUAGAGUCAUUCAAUGCAAUAACAAAGGUCAACAGGGACAUGCCUGUGUUGACAUUGCUGGAAGAUGUCAGGAAUUGGUGCAUGAAAAGGAUGGGUUCCAGGUUCGAUAAAGCAGUAAGCAUGGAACCUAAUGAUCUAACAGAGCAUGCAAAGGGGGUGCUGGCGACUAGGACUGAUGAUUCUAGGUUCUGCCAUGUCACUACAGCUGGUGGUGGAGAGUUUGAGGUCGGGGAUGGCCAUGUCAAGUUCCUUGUCACCCUUGGAAAUAUGACUUGUGGGUGUGGGAAAUGGCAAGGAUUAGGGAUCCCUUGCAAGCAUGGGCUAAGGGGUCAUUUACAACCAGAGACAUGA